AUGCCCGUAGCUCAGGCCCUCGAGGGCUUUGUUCAGCGCAAGGUGAUCAAGCAGUCCGUAAUGACUACCGUCUAUGGUGUGACCCUCUACGGCGCAAUGGCACAGAUUCGUCGUCAACUCAAGGAAAUUCCAGAGUUUCCACGUGAACGUUGGCUGGGUCCGGCCUCCGCUUACCUCGCCCGACUCACCCUGGCCAGCAUCAGUGCAAUAUUUACUUCCUCCAGCGAGACGCAAGCCUGGUUUGGUCGCGUACGUUCCACCAGCACUUUCAUCUUAUUGUAG